ACGUAGUAGAUACCAGUGAGACUGAUGGGCAAAGUGACCAGGAGGUCGCCCGCUGCUGCUCUUAGUGCCUCCAGAGGAGUAACGCGAGUCUUAUAACACCUUCGUUCACGAAGUACCUUCCGCACGCGAGCCACGCUACAGCGACAAGCAUUCCUCAGGACAGAAUCAAUCAUUGCUUGAUUACUAAAACACUUAUUUUCUGUCUGCUAAAUUUUUUUAACUGGCACUUUUUCUUUUUCUUUAGAUUACUGAGGGAUUUAGGGCUAUGCUAAGAAGCUGACCACCAAUUCACCUGUUCCGCUGAUAGUCCUUCACCCAAUAUACCACAAAGGACAGCAUUCCCCCAAAACACAGCCAACACACCAGAGUCUGCACAGCGUCUUUGGUUUCUCCAAAUUCUAACAGAAACUGCACUGACUUCCACUGAACUACUAUGGAUCUUGAUCUUGGUAUCGGUACAAAGUGUACACAAUAAUAUUGUAGGAUUAGACUACGUAACUGUGAAAUCAACUGAGCUAUUUGUUUGAUUUAUUUUGAACCUCAUAUGUGGUAAAGGCUUCAACAGCAGAUUAUACUGCAGCUCAAGUGAGGGUCUCAUGGUCGUCAUGGGAGUAUCAGACAGUUUGCUUUACAUGUAAAUCCCCAUAAUUGGAGAAGGAGGAACCGUACUGGCAUUCAUGAAUAAGCAGUAAGACAUAAUUGUAUUUAUUUAUAUGGAGUUGUAAUUUAAGGAUGAACAUGGAUGCUACAUAAUGGGCACAAGUUAAACUGAAUCCAGCCCCUUUGUGCAGUGCAACAAUAAAGAUUCAAGAUUAAGAAAAUUGAAUAUAUAAUACAAGUAAUAAUAUAAGUUAUUAUAUUAAUUUAAGUCACAUGUUCACAUAGUGAGUAACAUAUAAAAGAUAAAUAGCCCUUUAGCUAAAAUGGUUCCUCAGAGGAGUAUACCUCCUCUGAUAGAAGAGGAAGAAGAGGAGGUGACUGGGGACCACGAGAUCAGGGGGUUACCUGAGACAGACAAGCUGAUGGUUGUUCAGGAGAGACGGGACGAAGACGAGGGUGAAGCCCGACCAGGGAGGAUCUCCGUGCGACGCUGGCUGAUGCAUGGAGCGGUGAUGUUCGGACGGGAGUUCUGCUAUGCCAUGGAGACCGCCCUGGUGACGCCUGUGCUGCUGCAAAUAGGCCUUCCAGAGCAGUACUACAGUCUAACCUGGUUCCUCAGUCCCGUCCUUGGUCUGAUCUUCACUCCUGUGAUUGGCUCGGCCAGCGACCGCUGCACCCUCCGUUGGGGCCGGAGAAGACCCUUCGUCCUGGCCCUCUGUGUGGGCACUCUGCUGGGCGUGGCCAUGUUUUUAAAUGGCUCUUUAAUAGGCCUCGCCAUAGGCGACACUCCAGGUAGCCAGCCAAUAGGCAUCGUGUUUACAGUGGUGGGUGUCGUGGUGCUGGACUUUUGUGCUGACGCAUCCGAGGGACCAAUCAGAGCGUAUCUUUUAGAUGUUGCUGACACAGAGGAGCAGGACUUGGCCCUGACCAUCCACGCAUUCUCUGCUGGCCUCGGGGGAGCGUUGGGCUACAUGCUGGGUGGUCUCGAUUGGACCGGAACGUUCUUGGGGAGCGUGUUUAAGUCCCAGGAACAGGUCCUCUUCAUCUUCGCAGCGUUGAUAUUCAGCGUCUCGGUGGUGCUUCACCUGUUCAGCAUCCCUGAGCAGCCGCAGGACCCCACGCAGGCCACCACCGCGGGGGGGGGGGACGAGGACUCGGCCAGCCAGCUGUCUCUCAGGCCCAAUGGCUACGCUCUUCCUUACAUCGACAGAAUCGUUGAGGAGGAGGAGGACUCCCCGCAUGACCAUGACAGAGCUGGUGCCGAGCAGGACAAUGACAUGGACUUCUUCAGUGUGGAGCGCGAGCGGAGUAAAAGUGAUUCGGUCCUGGCAAUGCCGGAGGCCACCAUCAAAUUGGAUCCUGACCUUCACCCGGACUCACAUCAUUUCCUGCCUGAGGCGAAUCCCUUCCUGUCAGAGACACUGGGAGAGUUGGAUGGAGCCUUCGCACCAUCUGAUGAUGGUUGUCGUUCUGUCUGUUCACCUCUUCUGCCUUGUAGUACUGUGCCCCCUACUGGCGUGAUAGUGGAAUUACAGCCCGUAAUCCAUUCUCUGGCCCGACCAUCGGAUAAUCAUCCGGACAGCCUGAACAAAAAGUGCCAGCCCAAGACGGUAAAUGGAGUCAAACAGGGUGCGUCUCCUACUGCUUACUCUCCCCUAGCCAAUCGCUCGGCCCCUACCAAGUUGGGGACUCGACUUUUAAAUACGUCAAACCCACCUCGACCCCACCCUCCCACCUUCUACAGACAACCCUCCUUCACCUUCUCGUAUUACGGACGGGUGGGGACGCAGCCCCUCCGCAACCGCCGGCUCAACCCGGGGCUCCACCGGCCCGUCACGCUGUCCCGCAGUCUGAACGACCUCUCCACGCUCCGCCCGCAUGCCCAGAGGCGCGAGCUGCAGCGCUCGGCCAGCAGCCUCUCCUCCGAAACUCUGGCCAGCGAGGGGGAGGGCGAGGGCGGCACCACCGUCCGACUCCUGUGGCUGUCCAUGCUCAAGAUGCCGAGGGAGCUGUGGCGGUUGUGUGUCUGCCACCUCCUCGCGUGGUUCUCCUAUUUGGCCAUGGUUGUGUUUUACACAGACUUCAUGGGACAAGUCAUCUUCCAGGGUGACCCCACGGCUCCAUCUAAUUCUACAGAGCUGCAGAACUAUAACAGAGGAGUGCAGAUGGGCUGCUGGGGACUGGUGGUUUACGCUGCUACAGCUGCGCUCUGCUCUGCCAUCCUUCAGAAGUAUCUUGAUCGUUUUGAUCUCAGCAUCAAGAUCAUCUACGUGGUUGGAACUUUUGCAUUUUCAGUUGGAACUGCUGUCAUGGCAAUCUUCCCUAAUGUGUAUGUUUCCAUGGUGAUGAUCAGUACCAUGGGUGUCAUCUCCAUGAGUAUCUCGUACUGUCCAUAUGCCUUACUAGGACAGUAUCAUGAAAUCAAAGAGUAUAUUAAUCACAGCCCUGAAAAAUCUCGACGAGGUUUUGGUAUUGAUUGUGCAAUCUUAUCCUGCCAGGUGUACGUCAGUCAGAUCUUGGCCGCCUCGGCUCUUGGAGCAGUGGUGGAGGCGGUGGGCAGUGUUCGUGUCAUUCCCAUGGUGGCCUCCGGGGGCGCAUUUCUAGGGUUCCUCGCUGCCUGUUUCCUGGUCAUAUACCCUGAGGCGGUGGCUAGCAGCUCGGAGCAGAGCAUGGUAGCUCUGCAAAAGGAAACUGACCACGGUGCAGAAAGGAACAAUCAGGGGACAGCUAAGCUGAAAUCGAUUGAUUCUGCAGAACCAAGUGUUGUUGGUGCAGAGUACGAGCCUACUGUGUGAGUGGGGUUCAGGUUCAUUGGAUCUGUCCCCAGAUCACUUGAAUGAAGUGUUCAUAACUAUUGGACUCUGUCUUAACGCACCGAAUUCAGAAGAAACAGGUUCCACGGUGUGACUUUGACACUCUUGAGUUGAUUUGGGAGUUUUGAGAAAGUGGAAACCAUGGCAACCUCAGGGAUGGGGAUAGUGUUUGGAUGUGUUUUGUAUUAUGAAUGAAUGUUUUUGUGCUAGUCUACUAUAAUCAGUUAAAGCACACAGGUGCACUAGUCAUGAAAUAUUUGUUCAGAUUAAAUAUUUAUUAUUUUACCUAUUGAUGCUGAGUAUAUUUGGAUGGCAAGCAAGUACCGCACUGCUAGAGUGUGAAACAAUAGUUUAGUAUGAUUUUUGAAAGAAAUGUCCUUGACAAUUUUCAAAGAGCAUUGCUAAUCUGCUAAACCAGCAACUGUGUUGAAAAGACAUGUGAAUGUAUUUCUGAUGAUGACUGACUUAAUGACCUGGGUUUUACAAAAUGUUGUAUUGCACUCUUUUUCUAAAUUCAAACCUUGGUGCUGGACGCAUAACUCUUAUGUCUAUUUGAGGAAAGGGACUUUAAGUUUGCUGUCAACAGACAGCGUUUUCUCUGAAAGCAAAAAUUGUAUGUAUUUUUCUGAAAGAUGUCACCAUUGCUUUCAUACAGUAACAUACAGUUUAGGAAGCCACAUGAUCAAGAAUUACUCCGGUUGUCAUGAGUUAGUAAGUUGCACCUUGUUUUAUUGCCUCUAUACUUUGUAUAUGAUGUGAUAUCACAUGAUCCAUGCUUUUUUAGUUGAAUUAAGCCCAUGUGUUGGUUUAUCCGUAAUGUAGCUUUUCAACACAUAAUUCAUUUAGGGGUUUCAAAGUGUUUCAAUCAAUAAUGAAUUGUGGUUCCUUUGAACUCUAAUGAAAGUCAAAUUGAUACAGCCUUUUGACAACUAUAUUUCCAUUGGCUAUUGAAAUGAUGGAACAUAAAGGAAGGUAAAUUCUAAAGAAAAUGGUGUUCAUGUCGUGAUCAGAGGACAGCACGGAAAUAGGACACUAGAAUAAAGGUCUUUGAAAAAUGCCUUUGGUAAUUUAGUGUUUUUUUAUUGUCUCAAUAACUAAUAAAUAUGUUUGAUCAUAUAUUUGACUGAAAGGUGCAAUUUAAGAGGUAUUUCUUAUUAAUCAAGAAAUGCAUGGAAGGGAAGAAUCGUUUGAUCCUUGCUUGGUCCAUCCCUUUGUGCCUGAAUCAUAAGGAUAUAAUCCUUGUACCUGAUGGUUGAAACAUGCAUGUUUAUAUGUAUAAAACAUAUGUAUGUUUUUAUAUAAUUUAUUUUUACAAGAUGAAAGUUGUUGCUAUUUGAAAGUGUUUUGUGUCUUUCUCCCAGUUUUAUAUUUUUCUAAUUAGUCAAUAGUGUAUAGUGCCUUUUGCAGAUUUGACAAUUGCCUUACCACUUACUGAGUCUUUUGUACUAUUAGAAGUAUUACUUUUAAGCAAUAUCCUCAAAUGCCAUCUGUUGAUGCAGGUCAUUUUGUACAAUCAUAUUAUUCACACUUGAAUGCCCACUGGCUUUAAAUAAACUAGUCAACCUCAA